GAGCGCGUGCUGCUGGCGCUGGCUCGAGCGCGGCGGUUGUUUUCUCUCCGGACAAAAGGCACAGAGCGGGAGUCGCUGAGGGUGCGUCCGGCCGGUUGACCGACCGUCCGUCCUGCUCAGCUUGCCCAGGGCCAUCCACAAACCAUUCUGAAAAAUAAUAAAUAAGGUGCGAUUUUAGUUUGCAUUGUAGUGCAGAAAUGAGUCGUCAGACUGCCACAGCACUUCCUACAGGUACAUCAAAGUGCACACCUGCCCAGAGAGUCCCUGCAUUGACGGGAACCACAGCUUCCAAUAGUGAUUUAGCAAGUCUUUUUGAGUGUCCGGUUUGCUUUGACUAUGUGCUGCCACCAAUUCUUCAGUGCCAGAGUGGCCACCUUGUCUGCAGCAACUGUCGUCCUAAGCUUACAUGCUGUCCCACUUGCAGGGGCCCAUUGGGCUCCAUUCGUAACUUGGCCAUGGAAAAAGUGGCUAACUCUGUACUGUUUCCCUGUAAGUAUGCCUCUUCAGGUUGUGAGAUAACACUACCACAUACAGAGAAAGCAGACCAUGAGGAACUCUGUGAGUUCAGGCCGUACUCGUGUCCUUGCCCUGGUGCCUCGUGUAAAUGGCAGGGUUCUCUGGAUGCUGUAAUGCCACACCUGAUGCAUCAACACAAGUCAAUUACAACCUUGCAGGGUGAGGACAUAGUUUUCCUGGCCACAGACAUAAAUCUUCCAGGUGCAGUAGAUUGGGUUAUGAUGCAGUCCUGUUUUGGCUUCCAUUUUAUGUUGGUCUUGGAAAAACAAGAGAAGUACGAUGGCCACCAGCAAUUUUUUGCCAUAGUACAGCUAAUUGGAACACGUAAACAAGCUGAAAACUUUGCUUAUAGACUUGAACUGAAUGGCCACAGACGGCGAUUGACUUGGGAAGCGACUCCUCGAUCAAUUCAUGAGGGCAUUGCCACAGCAAUUAUGAAUAGUGACUGUCUGGUUUUUGACACUAGCAUUGCACAGCUUUUUGCAGAAAAUGGCAAUUUGGGAAUUAAUGUAACAAUCUCAAUGUGUUGAAACCACGGCAUUUCAUAAAUUCUCUUGCCAGGGGCCAGUAAUGGGGCAGUAAAUGCUGUACAUUGAGCUGAAUAUUGGAGGUAUUGUGCAACAUUUUCUUGCUGCCAAGCAUUUAUCAGACUGGCUUCAUGGAUUGUUCAGUUUGGGUCAUGAUUCUAACAUGUAGAACUGGCUUACAGCAAAAUUAACACUAAUUAUAAAUGCAGUAAACCACUGAAGAGACCCACUUUUGUAGAAAAUAGUGCUAGGAGCCUAAAGAAAAUGGGCAUAAACACUUGCAAGUGCUACAAUCUUAGUUUUUGACUGUACUCAGCUAAAGGUGUUAAACUGUUGUGUUCUGAUCGUCUUUACUGACAAGCCAUGUGCAGUUUUAAGUUGCUGCUUUUCUCAUUUGUCACUACAUAGAAUUGCUGCUGUUUUUGUGUACAUUUUCUGUGUAUGGCUAUUUUUAUGAACUUGCUAGUUUUUCAUCAAUAAAUUUCCCUUCCUUUUUUGUACAAGAAGCCCCUUGGAGCUAUUUAAAUUCAUUUAAUAUCUAUUCAGUUUACAAGCUAGAAGCCUAUAAUCUGUCCUAAUGAGUCUUUUAGCCAUCUGCCAUUAAGCUCUUCUGACAUUUCACCUUGGUUUAAGUGGCAAGUACUUUUAAUUCCCUUUAUUUAAAAGAGAAACUUUUGAGUUGUAUCUGUUGUCACUGUACAAUGGAUAAUUGAACUAACAUUAAUACAUUUUAGUUAUUUAGAAAAGGUGCAUUUGUAUCUGAAAGUGGAAGUGUUUUAAACUCCAAGUUUAUCCAAAUAAUGCAUAAAGACACUUGGCCUCCUGCUUUUCCUCCAUGUUGCUCAUCUUUGCUACUCUAAUGUUUCCUUAGUGGUGCUACCUUGCUACCCCUUUUGUUUGGGGAGGGGGGGAGGGUGUUGGGAAUAAAAAGGAAUGAAAGGUUCAGACAUCCUUUUUGCUGUGGUGAAAGUAAGCUGGUGGUGUUGCAUGAAUGUAAACUUCAGUACCUAUUCCCUCUUUGGAAGAGAACACUUAGUUUAGAUGAGGCUGCUUAAAACAUGUUUUGUAGUUAAAUGUGAAUAGCUGAUUUAAGAAUUGCCAAGCCAGUCUAUUCUACCCAAGUUUUCUGUAGUUCAGUAUUUUGCUUAAAUGCAAAAAGAUGCACACCUUUUUUAAAUUUUGUACAGGAUAAAUUGAUCCUUUCACUUAGUCCUACUUAAUUUUGUGAUCAUGUUUUAAUGACAUGCAGCUGCUUGCCUGACUGUUUUCAACAAACUGUCAUUUUACUGUAAGUAAAGGUUCAGUUGUGGUCAUAAUUUGUGUGCAGAGAUUUCCAGGUCUCUGCCUUCUAGAUUAAAGUGAUCUUUCAAAUGGCUUCCAGUAAUCAGAACUAUUCAGGUAACAAUGUACAAGAUCUAUUCAUGGCCUAACUUUUGAUCUUCCCUCAGCCCCUGCAAAAAUCAUAAUUUAAGUACUUUGGCAACAUUUAUAUUUCAAAUGUCUGCAAUUUGAAAACAAUGUAACUUCUCCCCCACCUGCACCAAUGCAUCUAGUGAAAUUAUACAUAAAUACUCCUAUCUUCAUUAAUGUUUAAAGAUGCUUGUCGCAGAUAUCAUCCAGGAGUCUGACUAGAUCUAAACUUGGUGCAGUCAUUAUUAACAUGGACAAUGUUUUCCUUUUUAACUGGCAGUAUUAUGCCACAAGGUAAUGUAAUAUGAAAUGCUAUGAGACCCAAUUAAUAUGCAUUUAACUAAAAUUAAGAACUGAUUGUUCAGAAUAUUAAACCAGUAAGUGUAAAGGCAGGAAUUUAAUUUUUUCUGAACAUUUUAAGGAGAGCAGCCUUCAAUCAAUUACCAUUAUUUUGACAGUGUUACAUUGACAGAACCACAUAAUGCACAUUGUUAACAGUAUUUAAUAUUUAAAUAACUAAAAGGCUGAACUCUGCAGUUGAAGUGUGCAGCAUCUAGUGUGCUAGGAGUAACUGGAUUACUUUAAAUACACUACACCUAGCUAGAUCUGUAACUAUGGAGGUUUUGCAUUCAUUCUAUCUUCAAAAAUACAACUGUUCUCUAAUUUUAAAAUUACAGGUGGGAAUGGCUUUAUACAUGUGUAUGAGAACUGUUUCAAUAUGAUUAGUAUCUAUUGCAUUACAUUAAUGAAUUUCCAUGUGAACUUCUGAAUCGUGUUUAAAAAAAACCUGAAUAUUGAUCCAGAACUUAUCCAAAAGUACAGUGUAAAGAGUAAAUACUGCUACCAUAUGCCUAAAUGUACAAUAAUGGCACCUUUUGAUUUUUUAAAAACUAUCUUGACCUGUUGUAAAUUUGUAAUUAAACUUGCUCAAAAUUCACUUCCAGGUUGCAACAUAAUAAACUAAUUUUGAGUUUGGCUGCAACUCUUUUGCAGAAUUUGUACUAAUUUCCACUUGUGGAGGAAGCAUUCCCUUUUAAAAUCCUUCCAAAAGGAGUGGAGGUGUCCUGCAGCUCUCCAAUGGUAAUUCAAUCACACAAAUCCUUCAUCUUUUUGUUGUGAAGUCUGUGGAAUUGAGCCACCUAUUGUGCAAUGUACUGGCUCUUUAAAGUUACUGGUGGACUUGCUUUCUCCCUCAAACAUUUACAAGCAACAUUUUAUCUAAAACCACUUGUCUGACACAUGCUUACCUUUUUAUAGUAGGUGGCCCAUUCACUUUAACCAAGCUGUUGUACAGUAAAUGCUGUGUGAGAGUUACGGUUAAACCUUUAAUACUGUUCUGCCUGAAACUUGAUUUAUUGUGUGUUUAUGCUUAUUUGCAUUUUAAACUCCAAUAAAAGUUGAUAUCACCCUG